CUUAGAGAAAAACGAGUUCUGAGGAGAACAGAGGGGAUGUGACAAGCGGGGGAGGGAGAGGCUGGGGGGUGUCCCAAAGGGGAGGCACUCCUCCCCCCAGGAUUCCCCCUUUGUGUGUCUCCUGGAGGAGAAGAGGUGGCUGAGCAGGAUUUUGAGGGGAAGGGGAGGAGGAGGAGGGGUCGUCUUGAGGAUCUCACACACACACCCCAUGUGUGAGAGAGGAUGAGGUUAAGGCUGGUAUCCAUUGCUUCGGGGUGGGGACCUAGGAAGGGGAGUGGCUUGCUGGGCUGGAGCCAUCCCAUGGCCAGAGGCUUUUCUGAGGGGAGGUGGCCCCGGUGGCAACUGGGGCCCUUUGGCAGAAGGCAAGAGGGGUGGCUCUGUCAGCGGUGCCUGAAGGAGGAGGACUUCUGGGGAUGUGUGGCAGGGGUGGGGUGCAUGAACUGGACAACUUUUGGGGAGGAGGGGCUGUUUGCCAAAAGGCAAUGUAGAAAUCUGAGAAAUAAAAUAAUGCAUUGAGGAUGAAAUGGGAAGGAGAAGAGAGCCUGGCAGGGUCUGGGUGUGAGAGAGUAAGAAGGAAGUUCUCCCCUGCUUGGUUCUGUGGAAGAAAUGGAUGCCCUGGGGGAGAGACCUGCGGGGAAGUAGAUUUUCCAUAGAGGCCCGAUUCAUGAAGGCGAAAGAUGGAGAUAGGCAGAGGAAAUGGAGAAAGCUAUUAUACGUGAGGGAGGGAUGUAGUGAAAGAGGCUCCACUGAAGUAUGGAAGUGGAAAUAAAUGGAGACAUGUAGGAAGCUUUAAAAAGGCAGUCUUGCCAGAAUAAACUUAAAGUUGGGAGUUUCUCAAGUAUCCGCUUUCACGUUAUGGACUGAACCGACUCCAAACAGGUUUUAUUGGGAAGGAGGGGAAAAAGCGUGUCUGUACAUUGCAUUUUGCCAAUAGCUUGAACACAGAAGAAAUAAUCCACAACAGUGUAAAUGAGUCAGAAUGCAUCAGGAAGGUGGGGGUGACUUCCAGUGGAGAAACUACAAGCUCAUUGUUGACCCAGUGCUCAAGCGGGGUCCACACAAGGUCUACCGCUACGAUGGGGUUCAUUUCAGCACUAAUGAUUCGGGCUAUGUUCCUGUGGGUGAUGUGCGGGAUCCCAGAGGCAGGAUAUGGUCCAAAAACAGGGACAUUUCCCUCCCUGUCCCAGAGUUUAAGUUGGAUGAAUUCUACGUGGGCCCGAUCCCUCUGAAGGAGGUGACCUUCGCCCGGCUCAAUGACAACAUCAAGGAGCCCUUCCUGGCUGAGAUGUGCAAGAAGUAUGGAAAGAUUAAGGAGAUUGAGAUUCUUUAUAAUCCCAAGAACCGCAAGCACUUAGGCUUGGCCAAGGUGCUCUUCACGAGCACAAAGGGGGCCAAGGAAACAGUCAAGAACUUGCACAACACUUCGGUCAUGGGCAACAUCAUUCAUGCCCAGCUUGAUAUCAACGGUCAGCAGCGAAUGAAGUACUAUGAUCUGAUAGUGAAUGGCUCUUAUACCCCCCAGACUGUCCCCACUGGGGGCAAAAUGCUGAAUGAGAAGUUCCCAGCAGACUCAUCAGAGUCCCGAAGGCGCCAUUCGACUGAUUCCUCAUACCCUGUUAAUGCAAUGCCUUCAACUCCUGGCAACGGCACGCCCUGCUCUCAGGACACUCCCUAUUCCAGUGGCCGACAAGACACACCCUCUUCAUAUGGCCAGUACACACCCCAGUCAUCCCAGGGGACUCCGUACACCCCCAGGGGAGGGACUCCUUAUUCCCAGGACUCUGCCUACUCCAGCAGGCAAGGGACUCCAGGCUACUCAAGUUACCAACCUGAGUCAACGUCGUACAAAUCCCGUCGUCAUGAGAACAGCUUUUCUGAUUCGUACCCCCGAAGGCAUUAUUCUUCUUCCUCUUCCUCAUCCUCGUCAUCGUCAUCGUCGUCGUCCUCUCACUACCGCAGCAACGACCACCACUACCCACCUUAUAGUCAGCAGUUUGAUGGCGGGAGCAGCAGCACUGCCACAGCCAGCAGCAGUCGGUAUCAGCGCCAUUCAUCCACCUCAGAAGUGCGCUCCUCUUCCUCCUCUUCUCAUCGCUCCCUCCAAAGAGAGGACUCUGCCUUCCAUUCCCGACACAGAGAGCGCUCCCAGCGAGAUGAUACUACUACUUCCAUCACCACCACCACCACCACCCCAACCACCACUACCACCCCAACCACCACCACCACCACCACCUCUUCCUCUUCAUCAUCUGUGGCAACAGCAUCAGAAGGUGCUCAGUUCCAGAACAGUCACAGUUUUCCUCAGCAGACUGCGGAGCAUUUCCCAGCCCCCAGUGCUCUCUACCCAUCCUACAUAGCUACUCCAGAGCCCUUCUCCCUACCUGCUGAACCCCUUGCCAUGGACCAGGAUUACCGGCUGCUUCCUACGGCUGAGACUUUUGCCGCCAAUUCCCUGCCUCCCACAGAAUUUCUUGCUCAGGAAACAAAAGAGAACAUCAGCCCAGCAGUGACAACGGCCCUAGGGGCUGAUGACCGGUCCCAUUCGCCUGCCAUGCAGACCUCACCGGCCCGCUCUGGCUCUCCGGCACCUGAAACGACCAAUGAGAGCGUGCCCUUUGCUCAGCACAGCAGUUUGGAUUCCCGUAUCGAGAUGCUGCUGAAAGAGCAGAGGUCCAAGUUUUCCUUUCUUAACUCAGACACGGAAGAGGAAGAGGAGGAGAAAGGAGGACCCAAGGGGGCAGAGGCGCACGGGCCCUGCACUCCACCACCACCCCUUCCAGUCAGUUUUGAAGACGUGGUGCCCGCAUUGGACGUGGGAUCGGGAGCAGAAUCCCCCAAAGCCAAUGGGCAAGAUCGAGCAUCUCAACAGUCGUCUGGUGAAGAUAUGGAAAUUUCGGAGGAUGAAGCAGAGGUUGAGCCUCCAACCCCUGUGGCAGGCGUGUCUGAACCCCAUUAUUCUGUGAUGUCAUCUGGCCUGGCCCACUUGCCACUGGGUGUGUCAUCCUUUACUCCCCACCAUCGACCAGAGCCACCCCCACCACCCCCCUCUUACCCGCUGCAGCCUCUCAUGUCCGUUUCCCUCCCACACCUGACGGGUAAAGCCCAUUCUCUGGCUAACUAUGGCCAGGUCGGGCCACGGCACACUCACCGCUUGUCGGACUUCAGGGGGCGGGCGGGUGUGGUAGGCGGGGGCCGUGGUGCCCCCCACAUCUAUGACUUUGUCAAUUCCAUGGAGCUAAUGAACCGGCUGGGCAACCAGUGGGGUGGGAUGCCCAUGUCCUUCCAGAUGCAGACCCAGAUGCUGAGUCGCCUGCAGCAGCUCCGUCAGAGCAAAGGCCAGUUUGAGGACCCUUUCUCCUACCACCGGGAGGCGGCAGCUUUCUGUGGCCGGCCCCUCUAUGGCCAUGGCUACUUACUGGACCAGAGCAGCCGCCACUUCCAGAGAGACCAGCUGUUCAUGCAGCAGCCAUCAGUGGUAGGCACCUCAGAGCAGCAGCAUUCCUCAGAGCAACCCCCGCCUCUGCCACCCCCACAGCGCCUCCUUGAUUUCCGAGCAGCCCAGUGGGGCUACCAAGAGGAAGUGGCCCCACCUCCCCCUCUCCCCAAGGACCCACAUGCCUCUGUGGUGGACAGUGUCCUCGCAACACUUAUGCAGGAGAUGAAGAGCAUCAUGCAGCGUGACCUCAACCGCAAGAUGGUGGAGAAUGUGGCUUUCAACACCUUCGACAAGUGGUGGGGGCGCAAGGAGGAGAAGGCCAAGCCUUUCCAGAGUACUGUUAAACAGCCAGCCAAGGAGGAAGAGAAGGACAAGACCAAGCUGAAAGACCCUGCCCUGCUCUCGCUCGUUGACUGGGCCAAAAGUGGUGGCACUGGCGGCCUGGAAGGAUUUGGCUUUGGGACUGGCUUUCGAGGAGUUCUCAGGCUUCCGUCCUUCAAGGUGAAAAGGAAAGAGCCAUCUGAAAUUUCAGAAGGUAGUGAUGUGAAGCAGCCUCGGCCUUCUACUCCUGCUGAAGAGGAUGAGGAAGAUAAGGAAUCCUCGCAGAUAUCCAAGUCUUCCAAGAGGGACGAUGAGCGGAUCAAGGGGCCAGAAAAACGACGGAAACUUUUCUGCUUGGAUAGUGAAGGAGAGGAAGCAUCUGAGGACUCGUCUUCUGAGAAGGAGGAAGAGGAAGAUGAGGAAGAGCGGCGGAGGGGCGAAGGAGGUGGUGGUGCCAGGAAGCGUGGCACAAAGGGUGAAGAAUCUGAAGAUGAAGGUGAGAGCGAUGGCUCCUCCAAGUAUUCUCUUUAUGAAGAGUCUGACGAGGACAGUGACAGCACCUCUGACUCAGAGAGCAGCUCUUCCUCCUCAUCUUCCUUAUCGUCGUCAUCCUCGUCUGAUGAGGAGGAGGCCGAGAGCAUGGAGGAAAUGGAUGAAUCCACCAUGGACAGCUGCCCUACCGAGCUACUGAGAGGCACGGAAGAGAAGGCACGGCAAUCAGACUCUGAACUGAGCAAGAAGAAGCCAGAAGCAAGUGUUGUCCGAGCCCAUGUGGUAGAGCAGAAGUCUGCUGCUCGGGAGGAGAGCAUACCAGCCCCACUGCCAGAGGCGAAGGAUGUUGGAAUAGCACCUAGGCCAGAAGAACGACCUUCCUCACCCAUCCCACUGCUACCACCACCCAAGAAACGCCGGAAGACAGUCUCCUUUUCAGCUCUCGGUGAGGAUGAUGAGAUCAAGGGGGCCUUGGAGAAGCCUCUUGAACUGUCAUCCCCAGCUCUUCUGCCCCCACCACCACCACCUCCUCCUCCCCCCAUAGAAGAAGCACACACCCCAUUAGUGCCUCUGGAACCCACAUUACCACCCCAAGUGUCCUUAACCCCAGACGCCCCAACUCCAGUUGCCUGUUCCUUGGCCCCGGCAACCUCCCUGCUCAAGCCAGUGGCUGCCACUACCCGAAAGCGGGAGCCCCCCAAGGCCAGCCAAAGAACAAUCAGCAACCUGCCAGCUGACCAUGCUUCCCUUGUGAAAUGUUGGUCAGAUGAGCUGCUGCCAGCUGGCCGGUCCCGGGGCCGCUCUCGCUCCCGCAACUCAGAGCCCCUGCGGGUACCGCAACCCCAGGAAGAAGAUAGGCUGCGUAUACGUGAGCAGUUGGGUGCCUCUUCGCUGCUAGAGCUGGCUAAUCAACCCGACCUGGCCGUGCUGGCAGACGUGGCUCUCAAGAUGCCUGUUGGCGCAGGAAGUGAAGACUCUGAGGAGACAGAGACCUCGGAUGAGGCCGAGGAGCCCAAGGCCCUGCCUCCCCCUCCUGCAUUGUCCCCCGAAGUCAGCAGCAUUUUGCUGGAACAUAACUAUGCCAUGGUUGUCCGUGUAGCACCAGUGACUGCUGCCCGCAGGCCAGAUGAACCAGCCUUGCUGGGCUCCACUGACCUGUUGCGGGUAGAUCUGUAUAGUGAGCACAUUGGCGAAGUCCUGGAGGCCCCCGAAGAGGUGGUGGCAGAUGCCAGUGAGGUCAAAGCUGAAACAGAUGUUGGUGACCUUGUUGUGCUGCCCCCUCCACCUCCCCCAUCAUCUGAGAAGCCCAAGGCAGCUGUCUCAGAGCAGCAGCAGGCCAAGAAACAUCCCAGCUGGCUCAAGGAGGAGGCAAUAAAGGACCCAGGAUCGUUGCCCUUUGGGCCGGAGGAUCUGUUCCCUUCAGAGAGUGAGGAGGAGGAGGAAGAGGAGGAUGAGAGUGCCGACAGCAGCGAUGAAGGGGAGAUUCGCAGGAGGUCCCUGCGCUCCCACUCGCACAAGCACACCCCAGCCCAGGCACCUCCGCCACCUCCUGUUUUUGAGACACGCAGCGAGUUUGAGCAAAUGACGAUCUUGUAUGAUAUCUGGAACUCGGGGCUGGACUUGGAGGACAUGAAGUACUUGCGGCUGACAUACGAGCGUCUGCUGCAUGAGGACAACAGCACAGACUGGCUGAAUGACACCCACUGGGUCCACCAUACCAUCACGAAUAUUGCAAACCCCAAGCGGAAAAGGAAGUCAUCAGACCUGCGAGAGCACCAAACAGGCUGUGCCCGCAGUGAGGGUUAUUAUCACAUCAGCAAGAAGGAGAAGGACAAGUACCUCGACGUGUGCCCUGCUAUUGGGCAGCAGCUGGAUGCUGCUGAUACGCAGGGCACUAAUCGCAUCCUGUCAGAACGGCGAUCCGAGCAAAGGCGCCUGCUGAGUGCCAUUGGCACCUCCGCCAUCCUCGAUAGUGACCUCCUGAAACUUAACCAACUGAAGUUCCGCAAGAAGAAGCUACGGUUUGGCCGCAGCCGGAUUCAUGAGUGGGGCCUCUUUGCCAUGGAGCCAAUAGCCGCCGAUGAGAUGGUCAUUGAGUAUGUGGGUCAGAACAUUCGGCAGAUGGUGGCUGACAUGCGUGAAAAGCGGUAUGCUCAGGAGGGCAUUGGGAGCAGCUACCUCUUCCGGGUGGACCACGACACGAUCAUUGAUGCCACCAAAUGUGGCAACCUGGCCCGCUUCAUCAACCACUGCUGCACACCCAACUGCUAUGCCAAAGUCAUCACCAUAGAGUCCCAGAAGAAGAUUGUCAUCUACUCCAAGCAGCCCAUCAGCAUCAAUGAGGAGAUCACUUACGACUACAAGUUCCCCAUCGAGGAAAACAAGAUUCCCUGCCUGUGUGGCACAGAGAAUUGCCGGGGCACCCUGAAUUGAGACAGACAUGUAUCCAUGGCAUUCGUAUUUAUUUUGUUCAGUUUCUCCACCUCUUCUCCCUAUUCAUUCCUUUUACUCUCCUCUAUCCCAUAGCGAGCUCAGCUCUUCUCCUCACAGAGUUGUGGUGGAAAACUUCUGUCGCCUUAAGACCCAUCCAGACACCAUUUAGAUCCCAGCCAAUAAGAGAGCAUUUCCCUCUCCUCAGGUUUUAAUCAAUAAGUUCCUUUUUUAUCCCUUCCACCCAAUCAGAAACGCUUCUCUUCCCCUCAGCCAGCUGGCAAUUUUGUGUGUGAGUGUUUGUUCCUAAUUCUAGCCCCUCAACUUCUCCUUGGGAAAAUCAUUUAGACUUAAUAGUAGAUUUUGACCCAUCAAACAUCCUUCUCUCCCCACCUUAUGAUCAAUUUCAGUUAUGGUUCUCUAGCAUGCCGCCAUCAAUAACAAGAUUGACUAGCUGUAAAACCUCUUGAGGCUGUGAGAACUUGGUGCCCUUAAGGGCACAGACACUGGUCCGUGCAUUGGCUGUGGGUAUUGGUGGCCAGAGGGGAGAUCUACCCCAGCACUUGAGAUUUUAAGGUUAGUUGAGCAUGUUGCCCCCUCCCCCUUUGGAAAGAGUAGCUUGUUUGUGAGAGAGUUCUGGAGCAAGUUGCUUCUCCCAGGGCUCCUUGCUCUGGGUUCAAGGUGUUACUUUCCAGAUACAAAGGCAACUCUGGGCGCAUUUCAAUCUGUUACGAUUACCCCCACAUCCCCCUGAAACAUUGCAGUGUGUGAUCCGGAUGUCAUAGAUCACUCUGACCUGCCGCAUUGUCAUUGUGAUCAAUAACUUGAACCUCCUUGCUUCAGGAUAUCUCUCUAAUAUAAAAUACUGUCUUGUUAAUCCUUCCAAGUGCUUGCAGUCACCAACAUAGAAGUUCUAAAAUCCAUUGGGUUGUGUCAUCCGUGUUGCAGUCUGCCUUUCCUAUUCCUUUACCCUGUAAUAUGUUGUAAAAUCGGGAGAAAAAGAGAUCAACUUGCCAUAAGAAUGAAAGGGGCUUGAAUUUCUUCCCUAGCUACAGUUAUGACUUCAACCAGACCGAUUUACAGCAUAAGCUAAGAUCCCACCCCAUAUACCACUCUAAUAAUUUUUCUUUAGGAGAAGAAAGUUGUAUAUAUAUCUAUUCCAGAUGGAUUGGCUGUUUCUUGUAGAAACACGAGUUUAUUGGUAUGUAAAUAUUUUAUUAUUUUGGUUUUCCUCUUCAUACUAAAAAGAAAUCUGUAAAUAAUAUUGCAAUGUGUUUCUUUCUCCUGUCUUUAUCCUCACUUGCACUGUGCCAUCCUAUUCCUUUGACACGAAGUGGGAUUUCUUUUUUUCUCCUGAGGGGAAAAAGCAUAUAACCUUCUGGAUGGUGCAUUGGAGGGGUCAAACAAGUGUACCUCUUUAUUUCUAAGAGGAGUCAGUUUUUUAAAAAGAUGAAAGACUUUGUAAUUGGACAUCUGGGAAUAUUUUAGCUGGAUUUUUAUUGUUUUAACAUGCACACCAAUCUGACUUCAUUCUGUUUUCUCUCAAUAUGAUUGAUUUGGGUAAUUCCAUUUGAGAACACUUUGGACUGGUGUCUGCUUACCUCAGUGGACAGCCUUGAGCUUUGAGGAACUGAGUGAUUUAAGAUGCCCCUAUUCUGAAAUGGCCUUUCCGUACAGGAAGAAAACUUUAUGGGGAAGUGCACAUUAUGUUGGCAGACAGGGAUUAUAAUCUGUGUUUGCUGAAUAAAUGGAGGGGAACAUUGUCAGGGAAGAAAUGGCAGAACAGUGUGUGCCCGGCCUUCCCCUUCCUGCUACUACCUACUGCUGCAAGUACUUUGCCCCCGUCCCCCUCAAACUGGGCAGCCAUUCAAGGCGGUCAUCCAUUUUCUUCCCUACUUCCAUCUAUUUGUUAUAAAUGAAGUCUUAGUAGCUGUACUGGCCCAAUAGAACAGAAAAGCAGAAACCACAGAGAUGAUGCCAGUUGUUGAUCCAAUGAACCAUUCAGGUACCAGGGAUGAACUCUAGAACUACACGUUCAAAUGUGUAGUUUCCAAGGGUGGUGGAACUAAUAUUACACCAACAAACUUGGGUUCCUGUGCUUGCUAAAUAAGAUGAAUGAGGAGAAAAGCUAUGGGCUUGGAGGGCAACUUAAUCCUUCCCUCUACCUGCUGCUUCUCCACCACAAAUCCUCCAGCCCAGUGGAGGAGGACUGUUGAGUGAGUGAUGCUUCAGUGACUGCUGGAUACUUUGCUGAUGAGAAUGCACCCUUUGCCACAUUUCUGUUCAGCAAACAUGGUUAGAAACCUAUGUUUGUUGAUAACUACCCAAAGUUUUUUCUUCCAGUAUGUUAACUGAUCCAGUAGGAGCCAUCUUCUUACUUGGCUCCACAGUUCAACCAUUUUUCUCUCCAGCGUAUUUGCUCCCUGGAUUUGAAACUGGCAAUAUCUUCGCACCUUCUUCUUGGAUAAAUAUUCGUCCAGAGCACUUUGAGGGAAGAUUUGUAAGUAGUCAGUCCAAGAACAUCUCAAAGAGACUUCUUAAGUUGGUGAGAUCUUGACUUCUUCCCCCUAAAAGCCUUGGCCAGUUUUGUGAUACAUACUGCUACUUGCCUGUCCGAAGAAAGUGAAGUCUCAGUCUCUUGCCUUAAAAGGUUCCAUCAGGAUUGACUCUUGGGGAAAAUCAGGUGGUUUGUAAUUACUUUCUGAGAAGCGGGAUGCCAGUGGCAGCCUUGCUGGGCAAUAGUAAAUCUUGUGGCUUUGUCCUUAAGACUCUGUACAAUUUUCUCUCCAUCGUUUUCUUUUGUUUUGAAAAUAGAUGAAAGUUGCGGAAAGCUGUCUUAGCAACUAACGUUGAGUCAUCUGAGGGAAACAAAUGAGGGCAAACAAAAACAAGUUUCUUUGCUGUUGCAUAUGGAAAAACUGAAGCUUUUCCCUCUCGAAGGCUUCUUGUCUUGUUUAAACUGGUUUCAUUCUGAAAUGACUUUCCCAUCUUGCUGCAUCCACUGCUUUGCCUGUGGAGGUGCACUUCAGAUUCACAUUGCUUUAAGACAAGGUAGAAGCCAUCCUUUCUGGUUAAGGUUCCACUGCCUUAACCAGCACAACCCCACCCCCUGCUCUUGCAUCGUUCUUAUGUCAGUGGCAGUCAGUCAUUCUCCCUUUUUACAAAGCUGUGCAAUACAUAACGUCUGCUUGUGGAUUAAAACAAAAAGGAAGUUACUUGUUUAGUGUGAAGCAAUGCAAACAAUUCCUUCCACACCUGGCAGAAUGUCAUUUUCCAAUCCCUUUCUCCCCCAGCUCAGGCGGAUAUUCAUGUGAAUGGAAGACAGAUGCAUCCUACAUGAGUAAAUGCCUCUUCUAGGCUCUCCCUCAGUACACCCUCAAGUCCCUGUAGAAGCUGCAGAAUUACUGGUUUUUCUUGAGUGCUACUCUCAAAUCACUGUCUUGUUUUAAAACGUUGAUGGCCUCUCUACCCUUUUCUUAAAUGUAGUUUUCAAAAAUCCUUCAUCAUUUCAGUGAGUUUAAAACUAUUACAUUUCUCUCUGUCUGCAUACGCUUACUUUUAGUGAUUCAGAUCCUUAAUAUUUUCUUCAUCCUUUGUUUUCCAGAAUAAUUCUUAAGAAGCCAUAAAUCAGGGUCUGCAGAAAUCUUUUUAUGCAUCUUCCUUGGAGCUUUCCUUAAUAUUAUUUAUUCAUAUAUAUAAAUGAUUUAAGAUUUUCCAAACUCCUGUCUCAAAGCUGCUGUUUAAAUGGCUCCAAUCCUUUAAAACUGUGUCAUCUUAAGGCUUCAGUAACAAGGACCUUCCAAAUCUCCUUGCUUGAACUAAAACAGACAGCCACAUUUUAACCCUGACAAACCAUUAGCUAACCUUUUAGCAGCUUAACUUGUCAUGAUUUUUAGAGUACUGGUGAAGAGUAGUGGUUCUUACCUACUUGCUGAUAUCCAAUGUUGCUGCUUUUAAGCAUAAUACAUUGAUAGGGAUGUGCAGGGAAGGGGGGAUAAAAGAAGAUAAAAUAUUAAAUAACAUAAUUGCCCUAAAUUGUGUUUGGUAGCUGACUUUUGCAAAGCUGUGGCCUGCCACAUCUAGAGUCCAUCUUCAUCAGCUUUAAAUGUUCCCUGUAGAAGUCUUGCAUGUUAUAUCUAGAAAUAAUUCAUCUUAGACCCCAAAUAUUUCAGGGGGUAGCUUGGGGAGUUCUCCCUUUGUUGUGGACUUGUAGAUAUGAAUCAUUCCCAGGUGAAAUACAGCCAAAAGAGUAAAGAUGUGCAUUUUUCUGCUUUGCCCCAUUUGAAAUGGGGACCACCUAGGAAUCGCACUUUGUGGAUUCCAUACCAACAUUCCCUCUCCUUUGACAGAACCCAUUUGUUAGGCUAUGCUCCAUUUUUAUUUUUAAAGCACUUAAGCCCUCCUGUGUUACUGAAUCUUGCUUAAUAAGACCAUCUUUCCCACAUCUUCUUAUCUGCAUAGAUAAGCAUGCCUUCUCCACGUGUUAACAGGAAUAAAUUCUUUGUUCACUCACCAGUGGUUGUACCAGGUAGCUUGGUUUAAUCCUUUAGUCAAACCCUCCAUCUUGUUGAUAGUUCUCUAUUCCCCAGCUUUUUAAUACACAUUUUUAAAAAAAAAAAAUUGUUGCAGUGAAGCUUUCAUUUUGGUUCCCUGCCUCGACCCCCAGUGUCUUGAAAGUUUUUGAUGUUUGUCUUUAACUCACCAAAGCUAGAAAGGAGACACUGUCCCUCUCAAAUUCCUCUCUAUCACCGUGGUAUCCUGCAUUUAACCUGAUCUCACUUCUUGGCAGAAGGGGUGGUGAGAGGCUUUCUUAUCCAUUUGUUUAGGAGAAGAAAAAACUUUCCAAGAAACCUGUUCAAAUGCUUCCAGAUGCUUUAAUAAAAAAACCCCCAAAGUUUUUGGUCUUUCAGAACUGACUCUCUCUGCCAGCUUGUUGUGCUGAAGCGUUCUAGAAUUACCCACUCCUGUCUUUUUCUCUCUGUGCAUUUUAUCUGUGUAGAUAUAUGUAUAAAAAUGAUAGAUAUUAAAAGAAAAAUCUCUAUACCAGGGAGGGUUAUGCUUUUUAACCUUCUCUAGCAGCAGUGGCAGCUUGCUGAGAGUUUUGUGUUUAAUGCAGAGGGUAGAAAUGCACGCACACAGAUGGAUGGAUAUCCCCCCCUUUUUUUCUUCCCUGGCUGCCCAGAGGAUGGGUCUCUUCAAACUUGCAUACCUACUCUUCUGUCCAUCUAUAUAAAUAUUAUAUAUAUAAAUAUAUAAAUAUAUUUUCAUUUGAUCUUAUUGGCUUCCUACUUGUACAUAUGUUAAUAAUUUGUGGAUUCAUUACUUGGUGCCAGAUAGCACAUUUUUAUAAAAGUCAUUAAACUUUUAUUGUACAAAAAA